UCAAUUUCAGGAAGUUUGAACCCAAUAAAUACUCUAGGUAGUGCCGCACUAAACCUCACACCUGAAGAAUACCUCACCUGUGACACCUGAAGACUCACUGAAAAACAAAACUCCAAAAUGCUUUUAAAUCUCCUGAAAAACUCACACGGAGACGAGGGUUUUAAUAACUGGGAGUUGACGCAGAACGGUGGAGAUCAAUGGCAUAUUGAACCGACGCCAGAUGAUGCAGUGGCUACAUACUUCUGCACCUCACAUAAGCCGUGUCUAAAAAAACAAGUGAUUGAUCUGGUGAAAAGCGGUUAUGAUGCUGCAUAUUUAGAUUCGGCGCCUGAAGUGACUGUGAAGGACUGGUACAGCAGUCGACCUGACUGUGGGGGCGUUUAUAGGCUUAAUGUGUCACUGCUCAAUGCAAAUCGAGCUGUCAUUGCUACAUUUAAGCCGCCUGAUGUGACUGUGCCCGAGGGUAUCAACUGGACACAGGUGACACACAAGUUUACAGGUUAUGGUCCUGGUCUACGCUUCAUCUCUUUUGAACAUGGUGGUCAAGACACUAGACACUGGAAAGGCUGCUAUGGAAUACGAGUCACUGGAAGUUCUGUCACCAUACCCCCAAAACCCUAAUAUGUGAUUCAAUAAUGUUACUGAUUGGUCAGAACUUUGCUUUUUGCCAUAACCUUGCUGAAAUAGCAAAGCCUUUGCUUAUUUUUUAAAGAUUUAUCAGAAUACAAAUACAUAAACUUAUCUCUGAUUGAAAAUUAAACAUGUGGGGAAUUAAUUGAAAUUAUUUUCUGCUUUCAGCAGCUUAAUAAAGUCUCCCUGUGGUGAAAAUCAA